ACCGGCCUUACACGACCAAACCUAGACCUCCUCCGUCAUCUCGACCGCGCCCGCGCCGUCGGUCUUCUUCGCGUCGCCGCUCGCGUCGGGCCGGAAGCCCGGCAGGCACUCGACGCAGGCGCAGGGCCCGCACUCCGGGUUCGGGCAGCAGCAGUCCGUGAACUUCUUGCACUCGUAGCAGGCGCAGACGGUCCAAACGAGGCCCAGCGCGGCGAUGAGGAAGAAGGCCGCGGCCUGGAUCACGUAGGCGUUGUAGUUCGGGUCGUCGUCGCGGUCUGCGGGGGCGGGGGGCGCGUGAGCUCGUCGCGCGGCUUUCGCGUCUUGCACGGCGGCGGGAGCUAAGGGGGGAUUGCCUCGCGUCGCCCGCUCGCGCGGCGCGGCGGGCCGGACGGCCCACGGCGCGGGCGCGGCGGCCACUCGCGUCGCUCUCGCUCGGCGCGUCUCAGCAACCGCGGUCCGUCGCGAGGGGCAACCGCGAGCGAGCGCGCCGCAGCGGCUCGACCGCGAGGCCCCUGCGCCGCGCCGCGCCGCGCCGGCGCGGGGCGCCGCCGCGCCGGCCGCGGGCGCCGCGCUUGGUUGUCAGGGAGAAGGCUUUCAGGCGAGGCGGGGGGGCUGCCGUCUCCACUCACCGUCCUCGAGCAGCCUCCGGCCCUCGCCGAGGAGCUCCCACAUCAUGGCGGCCGCGCUCGCCCGGGCGUCGUUCGCGGGGGCAGCGGCGGCGAGACUCAGCCUCGCGGAGAU